AUGUCUAUCCCAAACCUCCCCUUUCCCACUCCAACCCAGACCCUUAUCCACAUCCCCAUCCCCAUCCCCCAUCCUUACCCUCUGCAUCUUUCGCCCUCCGCCAUCCCAGCCCAAACAGCAACCCCUGCCCCUCAAAUAUCUUCCUCAAUUCACGAUCCCCCAUCCUGGCAGCCAAAAACUUACCACCGACCUCACACAGCUCGCUUCCAGCCAACAAACUCAUCGUCCCUGCAAUACUGCACGGGUUAUGAUGGAGUGUUUGAGGCAUCAACUUUCCACACUGCUAAGAAACCACACCCUUUGGCCCGUGCAUCAGAAAGAGUUCUUAUACGCCCUGAUUACCCGAUAGCUCGUUUGGAUUUCCAAUUUGCUUGGAAUAGUGCAGGUCGAAUAGCAAAGCCACAUAACCUCCAGCUCCAAGGGGUCGGUCAUGGCUUGUGUGCUACAAGGAUUCUGGGUGGUGUCUUGGUCUUGAUUGGAAGAGAUAUUAAAAAGGGCGUUGUCUAUGUCUUAUCUAGAUCUUAUGAAUACAAUCUCGUUCCGCGUCCAUGGCCACGUUUUAAAUCUGAAUUCCAUAGGCCGGAAGCAACAACUGUUCAAAGGCUUACCGCAAAUGCUGCGGUGGCAGAUGACGCGACACCGAUAUGGUAUUCUCGUACUGCUUCCCAAAGGAUGUAUCACCUCAAGGGCAGCAACAGCCAGAAGCGGCAUAAAAUAUGUGAGCGUGAGGAUAGAUUUUCUUGCCGCAAAUGGCUUCCAGAACCGGCCUGCUGUGGUGACUUGCUCAUUCGCACAUUCGCAACUUUCUGCCCCAAGGUUAUGAUGGGCGUUAAUCGUGAACGAUCGAAUCCGGAAAAUGGCCAGAGUCCAGCAGACACGGUAACAAAGCUUGCAAACAUCACCUGGAAAGAAGAUACCCUCACAUCAGACGAUUUUAGGUAA